AUGGAGGAGCGGGAGAAGCUCGUGUUCCUGGCCAAGCUCGCCGAGCAGGCGGAGCGAUACGACGAUAUGGUGGAAUUCAUGAAGAAUCUUGCUAGGAUGGAUGUGGAUAUGAGUGCUGAAGAAAGGCAUUUGUUCUCAGUUGGUUUCAAGAACACUAUCGGGGCAAAGAGAGCAUCAUGGAGAAUCAUUUGCUCACAUGAGCAAAAGGUCACAACUGAUCGUCAGACUGGUGUGAUGAUAGAUGCCUAUAAAAAGAAAGUAGAAGAUGAACUAAGGAAGGUUUGCAAUGAAGUAUUGUCAAUCAUCGCUAUUCAUUGCCUUCCCUUGGCCAACGCGGGUGAAAAUGUCGUGUUCUUUUAUAAGAUGAAUGGUGACUACUAUCGUUACUUGGCUGAAUUUAGCACUGGAACUGAAAAGAAAGCUGACUCUGAUCAGUCACUUAUGGCCUAUCAGCAUGCCAUGGUUGUCGCCUCCAGUGAGCUCUCACCUGCCCACCAGAUCCGGCUUGGCCUUGCUCUCAAUUUGUCGGUCUUCUUUUAUGAGAUAAUGAACUCUCAUGAGAGAGCUUGCCAAGUGGCAAAACAAGCAUUUGAUGAGGCUCUUACUGAGAUAAAUUCUGGUGAAGGGGUUUACAAGGAUAGCACACUUAUGAUGCAGCUUCUGAAGGACAACUUAGCAUUGUGGACAUCAGAACUAACUGGAGGUGAAGCAUCCAAGGAUAAUGAUGUCGACAUGGAGAUUUUACUGUCUGGUUGUCAGGACCCUGGUGGGCUGUUGGACCGGCCAAUGGUCAAGAGAAGUGGGCUGGGCCAUCUUGGGCCCAUGGAAGGAAACGACGAUACAAAACUCACUCUGGCAACCCAUCCUGGCCACGGUGCAGUGGGCCGCAUCCAGGCUCGCCGCCGCCGGGUCGGCCUUCGGCAAGCCGGCCGGCGACCGCCCCCGGCAUUCUCCUUAAUUGGCUUCCUCGACCUCGAUGUUGCCACCGGAAGCAGCCAUCACCAACCCUGCGACAACAAGUGUGAGCUGCGCUGCGCACACCAAGGGGGCAGAAACGGCCAUGAACAGGACGACCGCAGUCUUGUAUAA